AUGAUGUUAGACGAGGUGCGUUCACCUUUCACUCCUCGACGUGCGGACAGCCCCGUGGAUAACGAAGACGGUGAUACAAUUGUUCUAACUGCUGAUGAAGCAGUAUUUCUACAAGCUUCAUGGCAAAGGGCUUUGGCUACGAUCGAUGUUGGAGCUGAGGUCAUCAUACGUCUGUUGAAUGACAAACGAUCUUUAUUCAAAUCACUGCUGGAAAGUCAUGCAGGACACAUCAAUUACUGUGGAAAUUUCACUGUAGAAGUGGUAAAUCGAGAUUUGAGGAGAGCGCGCGAAGUCGGACAAGGAGUCGUAAAAUUUUUUACGAAGGUUUGCUCUGUUCCUAUUUCUUCAAUAUUAUCAUGUCAUUUUUAAUG